UCACCCAGCUACAGAGACUGGCUGCUAAGCCUCCAAAGAUGGCGGCACAGUUUCUAAAAUUUGGCGUGCCCAUGAUCACAUUAAUCGUUGGUGGUUCGUUUGCAUUGAAAGAAUUCACUGAAAUUAAGAUCAAGCGUCGAGAUGAGAAGACUUUCAUGUUGAACAAAGAAGAAGCACUUAAGGCAUUACCUCACAAGGCAAAAGAAGUCUCACUGGAGGAGGCAUACAAGGAUUUAACCAAAAAUCUUGACAUUGAUAACUGGGAAAACAAACGAGGACCUCGCCCAUGGGAGGAGCCACAGAUUUCAUCCAAACAGAAAUAAAUUAGCCUAACCAGCCAAUGGACAGGAAAUCAGCAUGUGGCCUUCAUACCACAUACAAAAUCAAAUUGUGCUGCACUGCAAUAAAGACAAAACUGUUGAAAACUUGCAGCAAUAUUGUAAGCCUGGCUCUGGUGGUUUAAAUGUAAAGACAAGAUGGACAGAGCAACAGCUACAACAUAAUGGAUAGUGAUAGUGGUGCAGAGCUUAUCAUCAUGACAUGUUGAUUUGUGGACUUCUAUAAGUACAGUGCUGUUUUAUGAUCACCUUUUAAAGUUAAUAUGGAAUUGAAGCCACCAUUUUUUUGUAAUUUGACACUUGAGGAAGGCUUGAGAAAAACUCCAGCUCAAAAAUUAAAAAUUUAUGAACAUAAUUUCAGAAGGCUAUGUUGGUGCCAAGUUUUGUCGACGGACAUAUUCUUAGUGCUUGCUAGAAAAAAUCCACACCCAAGGUAUUGCAAAAAAAGAUAGACGAUUUUCAGUAUCAAAUAUUUUGAAAAGUUUUACAGUGGAACCCAGCCUUACAGUUACCUUGUUAAUACGGUCACCACGUUAUAUGCGGCCAGUCCUUUCUGUCCCAACCCGAACAGCCCAGGACCCCCCCCC